UUCGUCUAGGGGGCGGGGACUCUGGAUGAAAGGGCCAAUCAAGAUUCUGGGGCGGGUUCUCUUUAGGGAAAGUGGGCGUGGUCCAGAGGAAAUUGCCAGAGACUCGUAGGAGGUCCUUGUCCCGAGGACGCAGUCUGCGGUAAAGGCGAGCAGCGCGCCAUGCCGCCCUCAGCUUCCCGCCGAGCCCUCGUUCUCCUGCUGCCGUCCCUGCUGUGGCUACCGACUGUGCUUCCUGUGCCCAUCGAGCGGGUCGCUGCCAACCAGCCGAGCCCCGCCACCGAGAGCCCGGACACGGGCCUGUACUACCACCGUUACCUCCAGGAAGUCAUCAAUGUGCUGGAAACAGACGGGCACUUCCGGGAGAAGCUUCAGGCCGCCAAUGCUGAAGACAUCAAGAGUGGGAAGCUGAGCAGAGAGCUGGACUUCGUCAGUCACCAUGUCCGAACAAAGCUGGAUGAACUCAAGCGCCAGGAGGUGUCGAGGCUCCGGAUGCUGCUCAAGGCCAAGAUGGACGCCAAGCAGGAGCCCAAUGUACAAAUGGAUCAUCUGAACCUCCUUAAGCAGUUUGAACACCUGGACCCUCAGAACCAGCACACGUUCGAGGCCCGGGACCUGGAGCUGCUGAUCCAGACGGCUACCCGGGACCUUGCACAAUAUGACGCAGCCCAUCACGAGGAGUUUAAACGCUAUGAGAUGCUCAAGGAACAUGAGCGACGCCAGUACCUGGAGUCUCUGGGAGAGGAACAGAGGAAAGAGGCAGAACAGAAGCUGGAAGAGCAACAGCGCCGACACCGGGAGCACCCCAAAGUCAACGUGCCUGGCAGCCGAGCACAGUUAAAGGAGGUGUGGGAGGAACUAGAUGGAUUAGACCCCAACAGGUUUAACCCCAAGACCUUCUUCAUCCUGCAUGAUAUCAACAGCGAUGGGGUCCUGGAUGAGCAGGAGCUGGAGGCCCUCUUCACCAAGGAGCUAGAGAAGGUGUACGACCCGAAGAAUGAGGAGGACGACAUGCGGGAAAUGGAGGAGGAGCGACUGCGCAUGCGGGAGCACGUGAUGAAGAAUGUGGACACCAACCAUGACCGCCUUGUGACCCUGGAGGAAUUCCUAGCAUCCACCCAGCAGAAGGAGUUCGGGGACACUGGGGAGGGCUGGGAGACUGUGGAAAUGCACCCCGCGUUUACGGAGGAGGAGCUGAGGAUCUUUGAGGAGGAGCUGGCUGCCCGUGAAGCUGAACUGAAGGCCCAGGCCCAGCGCCUUAGUCAGGAGACUGAGGCCCUCGGGCGGUCACAGGACCAGCUGGUGGCCCAGAGGCGAGAGCUGCAGCAGGCCGUUCUACAAAUGGAGCAGAGGAAGCAGCAGCAGCAGCAGCAGAACCAAAAUCUACCCCCUGCCAACCCUGAGGGACAGCUCAAGUUCCACCCAGAUACAGGUGCCACCUUGGCCGGGAGCCCAGAUGAUGUUCCUGUCCCAGCUCCAGCAGGUGACCAAAAGGAUGUGCCAGCUGCUGAAAAGAAGGCUCCAGAACAGCUUCUUGCCGCACCUCAGCCAGAUUCCCUGCACCUCUGAACCUCAGCACCCCGCCUUCCAAAUCCUUCCCUGGGUGGCCACAUGAGCGGCCUCGAGAAGGAGACUCAGUGACAGCCACACAUGACUACUCAGACCCGUGUUUGCCCUUCUCUUCCUGGCAUAGGGGCCACAGCUCCGAGCCAUGGUCCUAUCUCCGUCCCUAUGGAGUGCCUGUCCCCUCCCUCAUAGCCUGACCGAAGCCGGGUCCUUUGGCCGCCUUAUGGCCCAGGAGCGGAGUUGCACCUGCUGCUUGGGGCCAGCUCCUGGUGGUGUGGGGGGAGCUGGGUUGGGUCCUCAGGAUCUUGUGCUGCUUUCUCUGGGCCAGCAGUGCUGCUGUAUCUCCUCUACAGAUGCUAAAGUCAAGGUCCUUGUGACUGGGCAGGGCUGUCCCUGGACCUGGCUUCUGGCCAACUCGGGGCCACCUCAUCGCCAGCCUCUUCCCCACUCUGGCCAGGGCAAAAGCCCUGAUGUCGGCCCCAGCCACUGUGCUGACCUCCGCUUGCCCUGCUGUGUGCUCGCUCUGCUUUCCAGUUCCAUCCAAAUACACUUUGGGGGAAGAGAUCUCA